AUGUCGACGGCCUUGCAGAGGACCAGCUCCGGCGACAGCGAUCACUGGAUCGAAGGCGCGGGAUUCGGUCACCUCAACAUGGCGCCGGCUUCCUCGAUCUACAUCCCGCCGGAGUUUUCCGCCGCUGAUCGGAGGUUCCCGGCGGCGCCGGAGCUGGAAGAUGAGGAUCACCGCGAUUCGUUGUCUUCCUCAACGACUUCUUCGAUUGGGAAAAACAGCGACGAUUCUACGACCGGCGUCGGAGGAGAUGGGGAGGAGGUGCAGAGUGAAUACAAGGGAGGACCGUUGGACAGUUUGGAGGCAUUGGAGGAAGUUUUGCCCAUGAAGAAAAGCAUAUCCAAUUUUUACAGCGGUAAAUCAAAAUCGUUCACUAGCCUCUCAGACGCAGCAGCCUGCCCGUCCAUCGACGACAUCACUAAACCGGAGAAUGCAUACACCAGAAAACGCAAGAAUUUGAUCGCUUUCAAUAAUAUUAUGGAGAAGAAUCGCAGCAGCAUAUCGCGAGGCACCAAGAGCGGCAUAUCGAAAAGGCCCAACAGCUGUAGAAGCAUGCUGGCACUUGCAGCGGCUGCAAAUGUCUCUGAUGCUAACUCUGCUGAAACCUCUUGCUCCUAUUCAUCUUCACUGGGCUCCAGCCGACCUCCUUUGCCGCCUCAUGGAAGACGAGCUUUGCAGCCCGCGCCUUUGGUAUUCCCCCCUGCCAAUAAGCUUUCUUCUUUGCGGUCUUUCUCCUUGUCUGAUCUGCAAGGUGAUGGUGCAGAUGAGGAUUCUAAACCCUGUGGUGCCGGAUCAUGGAUCAAUAUAGACUACCACAAUACUAUAAAAUAA